GAGAAACUGAGAGGGGAGAGUAGGGGUUUUAGUUUAGGGUUUUCUUCUCUCUCUUCUAUGCCUUAAGCUUCAGUAAAGUAAAUAUUGAGAGAAAUGAGAGGAACAGAGCUUCCAUUGAAUCAAACCCAGAAGGUUCGUCUACAGAGAGCUCUCGAAAAACUUGAGUCUCUUUCUUCCAAGGUCAAUGCUAAUGCUUCUGUCACAGUCGCCGAUUCCAUUCCUGUUAACUACGAAGAUGGCGUCCUCAAGGGACAUGGAACCUCAGAACUCAAUGGUGAGGUCGUUGCGACAGUUUGCGGUAUUGUGGAGCGAGUCAAUAAGCUGGUCUACGUCCGUGCUUUACGGGCCAGGUACAAGCCCGAGGUUGGAGAUAUCAUAGUGGGUCGUGUUGUCGAGGUUGCUCCCAAACGUUGGAGAAUAGAGAUCAACUUUAGCCAGGAUGCAGUUCUGAUGCUUUCUUCAAUGAACUUACCUGAUGGUAUCCAGAGGCGACGUACUGCUUUGGAUGAACUCAACAUGCGUAGUAUUUUUGAAGAGAGUGAUGUUGUUUGUGCCGAGGUUCGUGGUUUUCAACAUGAUGGCUUACAUCUCCAAGCAAGAAGUCAAAAGUAUGGAAAGCUUAAAAGGGGUCAAUUGCUUACAGUCCCUCCUUAUCUAGUGAAGAGAAGGAAGCAACAUUUUCAUAAUUUGGAAGAGUAUGGGAUUGACUUGAUACUAGGCUGUAACGGAUUUAUCUGGGUCGGGGAACACGUUGUAGCUGCAGAUGAUAUAGUGGAAGAACAGAUAAACAAGUCCGAACAACAAACAACUAUGAGUCUGGAGGAACAAGAGCAAGUUUCUACCCCACUUGAGAUCAGACAAUACAUUUGCAGGACGGCAAACGCAAUCCGAGUUUUGUCUACUCUGGGUUUCAUUGUUACCGUAGAAGUGAUCAUGGAGAUAGUAGACUUGAGUUGCUCUAUGAAUGUCGAUAUCCAUGAAAUGCUUGGUUCAGAGUUUUGUGUUUUGGUUGCCGAGAAAGAGGUUGAACGACGAACCUUGACCAAAAAAAUGAGAUGAGGAGAAAGGAUGGCUUUCAAAUCUUUAUGGCAAACCAAUUUCUCUCAAUGUAGUUUUACCUUUUGUUUCUUUUUACUUGAACCUUGAUAUUGUUUGGAAAGGUUUUUUUUUAUAACCAAAAUGCAAAUGUCGUGGUGCUUGUCAAUUGGGAAAGAAAAAGGAAAUUCUUGAGCAAUCCAAUGAGAAUUUUAAAUAUUUCAUCAAAA